AUGAUAGAUCAAUCAGCUGUUGGUUCGAGCUCCAAAGAAUAGCAAAAAUUUGACAAAACCAAUAUUUCACAGUAAAAAACUAUGGAAGAAAGUAAGAUUAAUGCUAGAGAUAAUAAUGGAAAUCAUUCUAAUGAUACGAUUGACUUAUCUAAACAAUCAAUUGAAAACAAAAAUGAUUUUGGCAUGAGUAACAAUGUCUCAGCGUCAUAAAAUCAAAAGAGAAACCAGAUUGAGAUCACUGAUAAUAAAGAUAGUCAAAAUAAAACUGAGUCAGAUUUUUUAACUGGUCUAAACAAAGAUCUUUCAUAAAUGACUGCUUUAAGAAGAUAGUAAUCUGCUGGAUCCAUGGAUGUAAUUGGUUUAAGAGGACUGAAAACAAAUAAAGAAUUUGAAAGCAACCUCAAUGAUGAAGAAAAUGAGGAAGAGGAGAAAAACUUAAUGAAUGAAUCAAGACAUAAAUCAAUGAGAGUAAAGCCCUCCACUCCUAACAUGUCUCAAGGCCUUGGUGGAUCAAGAAAACUCUUGGCAAAUGAUUCGGCAAUGAACCAACUUGAGGGAGAAUUUGCAGUAAUAAAAGGAUAUGGCAAAGAUGAUUAGUCACAAAAUUGGUCUGUGAACAAUCCUCAUAAGCCCAAUUAAUAGGAUCACUAUGUUUACACACUAAAUGGAAUGGAUUCCCAGGGUAGGAUUGAGGUCAACAGAAGAUUCAAAGAGUUUCAUCUAUUGAGAUAAGUAUUCACUCAAAGAUUUCCAGGUUUAUAUGUCCCACCGAUUCCAGCUAAAAAAGCAAUGAAAAACACUGAUAGAGAGGUAGUUGAGGAGAGAGCAUAGAUUCUUAAUCUCUUCAUUAAGCAGGUCGUGAGAUGUCCUUAUCUAUUCAGGUCCGAGGAACUAUCAAUCUUUAUUAGGCCAGAAUUAGAAAUGAAAAAAGCUUUGACUCUCCUUCCAAGAUUGAAUUUCUAAGAAAAUUUAGAAAGAACACAGAAUUUCUAUUCAUUUACAGGAGAAAUCAGUGACUAAUAGAUUUAGAGAGCUAACAACAAAAUUAAUUUAUUCAUUGGAUCUGCUAGAAGAAUGCAUGCAUUCUUAGAUAAAUUCAAAGAAAUGGUUCACAGACUAGAAAUAGGCUAUGACGCUUAAUGGACUAAUCACAAACAACUUAACGAUUUGAUGGGGUAAUAUGAAGACAAUAAUCUGAAGCAAUAUACCGAAACAAGAUAUGAAAACUUUUUAUUGUUCAGACAUCCGUAAAAAACAGAAGCAAAAGAUAUCCUUGAGAGUCUUCCAAAUGAGAUAGUGAAUCCAUUUAAAGUAAUGAAACUCUGGAUAAAAUGGGAAUAACUAGACAUUAUGGCUCUUAUUGAUGCAGUUGAUGCGAAAUCAACGCUAGAGAGAGAAAGAAUCAGAUAUCACUCAAAGAAAACAGAGGACUCUAGAGAUUUGGAAAAGCUUAGGCGAGGUAAAAAAACUUUGAAAACAAUGUUCUUAACAAAGAAAGGACAGGUUGACAAGAUAACCACUCUAAAUCAAAAGGUAAAUGAGGCUGAUAAGUAAAUAGAGUGCUUUGAUCUCUAUUAUAAAAUAAUAGUCCUACAGCAAUUACACUCAGCUAUACCAUUCUUCAAGAGGGAUAAGAUUUAAAUUUAUAAUGAUUUGCUAGAGACAUACUCACUUCAAUAGAUCAAAAAUUGUUAGUAGAUAAGUGCUUGCUACCAGAAAUUGAUGGCUGCUAACAAACAAGCUUUUGAAUUUGAAGAUGAAGAAAGAGUUAUCAAAAUUACAAAUGCUGCCGAAUGA